AUGGAAAAGGUUCCAUAUGCUAAUGCAGUAGGGUAUAUAAUGUAUACCAUGGUCUGUACCAGACCUGAUGUGGCUCAUGCAAUCAGCACUUUAAGUAGGUUUAUGGCUAAUCCUGGAAUAAUGCUUAAAGGCUUUGUUGAUGCUGAUUUUGCUGGUAAUAUGGACAAUGCAAAGUCCACUUUUGCCUAUAUGUUCACACUUUGUGGUACCUGUGUGAGUUGGAAGUCUCAGUUGCGGCCUAUAGUUGCUUUAUCAGCCACAGAGGCUGAAUAUGUUGCUGCCACAGAGGCUAUAAAGGAAGCCUUGUGGCUUAAGGGAUUGUUAUUAGAAAUAAGAAUCUUAAAUGAACCUGUUGCUUUACAUUUUAUUAGGGAUAUCAUCUCAAAUGAAUCUGUUCUUCUUGAAAAAAUUCCUACACAGUAUAAUCCAUCAGACAUGGGGACAAAGAAAAGCCUUAGGAUUUGGGUAGAUUGUGUGGGUCAUACAAACGGGUACAAAUCUAAUUUUCUCUCGAUUCGUGUGCAUUUAUUGUUGGAUGGGGGGACCAAGGAGAGCGAAAGGAGACUAGUGAUAUGGAUUCUUGCCAUCCUUCCGAGACACUAUAUUAGGCUAGAGAGGAAAUUCUGGGGACUGAAAGCGUUUGGUCGGACGGACGAAGUUCAGAGAUUAUUAACGGAAAAGGAACGUGGGCCGUUGGAUUGUAGGGAUAAGGAAGGGAACACGCCACUGCAUUUAGCGGCGAGCAAAGGACUGUUGGACAGUGCUAAGGUGUUGGUGAGUGCAGGGGCACAGGUGGACGCGAGGGGUAGCGACGGCCGGACGGCUUUGCACAGAGCGGCUGCUAAUGGGGACCGUCAGAUGGUGGAGAUGUUUCUAGACGUGGGUGCUGACCCCACAAUUUCGGAUUUCGAUCAUGGCCGGUCAGCCUUUGAUGUUGCACGGGAUAAGGGCCACAAAGAUGUUGUUAAAAUACUUGAUCGAGGUGCGUCGGUGCUUAGUGCUGCAAGGCGCGGAGAGGUGGAUUUACUCGAGUCGCUACUCGAAAAAGGUGCAUCUGUGAAUUUCUCUGAUCAAUAUGGUUUGACGCCACUUCACAUUGCAGCUAUUAAGGGGCAUAAAGAUGCAGUAAUGAUGCUUGUUGAAUUUGGUGCUGAUUUGGAAAGCCAAGAUGCUGAAGGCCAUACGCCACUGCAUUUGGCCGUUGAAGGAGGCUCGGUCGAGAUUGUCCAAAUUUUGAUCGAUAGAGGAGCUAAUGUAAAUGCCAAGAGCAAGAAAGGUGCAACACCAUUGUAUAUUUCGAAAUUGAUGGAAUAUCAGCAUAUUACCGAGGUUCUUCUUCUCGAAAGGACUGUUACAUCUCUCAAUUAGUGGUGUGACUGGUGUCAAAAUCAGUGUGUGUCGAGCUCUCCAAGUGAAUCUACCCUUUAAAAAUUCGGAAGAAAGUAGUUCAAUCCAUUGUAUGCCGUUUCAUUGAUUAGUCCAACAAUUAUAGGAGUCAUGCUGGAUCAACUUCAUUGAUUGAAAAAUAGAACUAUUAUUAGUAAAUUUACUUGUUUCACUUUACUGUGGAAUGCCAGAUUGGUUCACAGUAUUUUUCUAUAUUCCGCAAAAAGUUCAAUAGUGCAAUUUGUAGAAGUAUCAAUGAAAAUAUUCAAGUUUUUCUCA